AGCCUCUCAAAGCUCUUCAUUCUGAAUUUAGAUGGGUAUUUAUAGGAUUUUAGAAACCCUAAUUGAAAUAGAAGUAGGACUUUGAAUAGGAAUAGGAAACUGAAUUUUAGAUGCUGAUCGCGUGGUGCUGACACUUCGAAUUACGUGUUGACACAAAAUAGGAAACAGAAUCUGAUUCUGGACGUUUAGCGCAUGGUGUCGACACCCCGAUAAUGUGUCGACACUACACCCGUGUCGGGUUUUUGGCCUCCUUUUGCAAUUUCUUCAAUGGCUAUCAACUGUGUGAACUAUGACAGUGAAUUUAGGACCGAAUGGUGUUGUGCUAAUUUUACGUUUGUUACCUGUGUCUUCUUUGCAAGGAAGUUCUCUCAUGGAGGUGCCAUGUGCCUUUUGAGUGAGAGGGUAGUAGGCCCUUUUAAGGCUUCUACAUUAAUAGACACACCUUCAUGAUCUGCAAAUUCUUACUCUAUUCUUAACCGUCAACUGACCCACUAGAUCAAAUCUGGCAAGCUCUAGCUACUAGAAUGAUGGCUAGAGUUUUGCUGAUACACCACAUCACUGACUCUAUACAAACUGUAGAUUACUAUCACGCAACACUGCAGAUAAUUACUGCUUAUCGAGGAAGACGCACAUUCCAUAGAUGCACUUGCUUUACUCUUGCUGUUGUAGGCUCCACAGUUCUUUUUGUCUGUCAUUGGAUUCCCACACUGCCUUUUGCAGCAAAUCUCUGGGUCUGGUCCUUGCACUUCCUUCCACACUAUCCAUGGUUUGAGCCUGUCUGUUCCCAAGCUGCAAUUGUGUCCCAGUCCCUUGCCUUAAUGACAGGGACGGAGCCAGGAAUUGAAGUUAGGGGGAGCGAGGGGAAAGGUUAAAUUUUUUUUAUGAGUUAUUUACUAGUUUACCUUAAUAUAAUUUAAACAAAUUU